CAAAAUAUCAACUCUAACCUAAAAUGUCUACUUUGGAAACGAAGAAAAAGUCCGGAGGAAACAGCAUAUAAUUCUGUUCUUCACAUGGAACAUUGCAUUUUGCGCGUGGCGUCGUUGCUUUAGCAGCAGAAGUUUGCAAUCUCUUCAUCACCCUAAUUUUCUACCAGCAAAUACCUUUCCUAUGCUUUAUUACCGCCGGACUCAUUGUACUUCGCUCCGACGUGGAAGGUAGUGGAAGGUUCAUCCUUUAGUAUUUGUGGCUCUACAAGUGAGAGAUACGGAGCUGAUCUUUUGAAGAAGAGAUUCAUAUGUAGAGUCAAGUACGGUAUCUUUCAAGACAUCCUCGUUUAAGUCGACCAUGAAGUCCAUCCCAAAAGAGGAGUUGAUGUUGAUACCCCCUGCCACAUGCCACAGGGACUAGCCCCUCGGCUCGGGACGAUGACUGUCUUGCUCUUGUGAGGUUCAUCAUCACCACCACAUCGACUGCAGCUACUAGGCUCAGUCAACAUACAACCGAAGCGGAGAUGCUCGCUCCUUUACCACCUUGAGCUCGUUUUGCAGCAUGCAAUCUGCUAAUCUUCACACCAACUCUACGAAAAAGGCCAAUCCCCACUGCAUUGCAUUCUAACGAUGGCAGCAGCAAGCUUUCUCACUCCAACCCCUCAACGAGGAGCAGAGCUGGAGCCAACCCCUCUCCCCAUCACAGUCCGGUUCACAACUUCAAUUCCCGACCUACUCCUCGACAUUCCCGACCCGGAUGCUACGACGGUCAUAGCUCUAAAGCAUCUUCUGCGGUCCAAACUCGAUCCACCAACAUCGCAACAUCGAUAUCGAUUCAUCCACAGCGGGAAACUCCUCAAAGAUGACGAUGUCCUAGCAGAUGUCCUCAAGAUCCCCUCUCUGCCCCCUCCACCCGCAGAUCCAAAGGGCAAAGGGAAAGCCGUCGAACCGCCGCCGCCACGCGUCUACAUCAACUGUUCAAUCGGCGAUGCGCUCACUUCGGCCGAACUUGCCGCUGAAGCUGUUGCGGCUGCUGCUUCGUCAGACAAGUCGAAGAAGAGGGAGAGGAGCGAGACUAGAGAUGGGGGGUCUACGCCCUCGAAAAGCACGACUACUACGCCUAGAGGCUUCUCGCGAUUGCUGUCUGCUGGGUUUACAGCCGCGGAGGUAAAUCAACUGCGGCUGCAGUUUAGGUCUAUACAGUCGAAUAUACAUACACCGGAUACUAUGCCCUCUCCUGAGACGUUGCUACGCAUGGAAGAUGCCUGGAUUGACGAUAAUGCGGGCAAUGCUGGGGCUGGUGGCGGCACUGGGGGAUUCGACUUUGGUGAUGAUGGAAUCAAUGGGGGCGCUUUGGAUGAUUUACUUUGGGGCAAUAUUAUGGGAUUCUUGUGGCCGCUUGGAUGUGUUGGGUGGCUUAUUAGGGAGGGAGGAGUAUGGUCGAGGAGGAGGCAGAUUGCUGUAUUUACGGGUUUCUUGCUGAGCUUGACGUUUGGUAUGUUGAGGGUCGUGUCUUGAAGGGUUGAAGAUUACAGAGACUUUGCAUAUUCGACGGCGUUGGUGGAGGAUUGAGCCUUGGUGGCUUAUGAUACCCAGAUAUGGAGCUUGCUUACAGUAAUACAACAGUCGUGGUCCAGGU